CUUUUUCAGUCUUUUGUCGGUAAGGUGCAUUUAAAUUAUUUUUGUUGUACCUAAAGUUGAAUAGACUAGUCGAUCUAAUGGAAUUUGCUACCAUGCUAUUUGAAUAAGAUAUAAACAAUUUGUCAAGACGCGCACCAAAACAAUGGAGAAAGACGAACGUAACACGGAUGAAAUGACACAAUGUAGCUUCAAGUUGCAUGAUUUAAAGCACAUUGACUACCCGGGAAGGCGUCGAUACGGUUCAAAAGUACAACAAAGUUAUAGUGGCGUUUUAUCCAACGAUAUGUUUGCGCAGUUUGAAAAAGAAUUCAAAUCCUGUAUGACGAGGCGACAACAGAAGAAACAAUGGAUUAUAAAUUUAUUGUAUCCGCUUAAGUCGACGAUAAAAUAUUUUGAAUAUCUGGAGAAGUUUACAUAUCUCGAACCAGAUAUCAUUGCGUUGCAACAAAGUGACGAAAAAGACAUGGAAUCAUUCAACAUUCUAAGAAAGAUAGUCGGAACUGAAGCGGAUAUACGCAUUAGACAAAGGCUAUUUAUAAUACAAGAUAUGAUCAACAAUGUAUGCGCUCCAUAUGUAACUUCUAUAUCAAGUGGAAGCCUAGCCGAGGGGAUGGAUCUUCCUGGUAGUGAUGUAGAUGUAAUGAGAGUAAUAACAAAUGUUCACGUGGUGCAAACUAUACAACAUAUAAAGUCUUCCUUUCAAUAUACAAUACUUCUUAUGGAAACUGUUUUUUCCGACCCUGGCUUUAUAAGGCUGAAACUGGUCGCCGAUGGAGAUAGAGAAUUCAAAAUCAUCACAUCACAUUCCUUUGUAGAAACGUCAGAAGGCAUUUAUUUGUCAGCUAAUUUAUUUAUUAGCGAUAUUGUAAAACAAAUCUUUCCUGCAAGUAAAGUGGGAUUGCAUGGUCCAUGUAUUUCAGAUAAAAAUCAUGAACUUGAUUUUGCGUAUUGCCUGAGAGUUAAUUCGUGGCCGGAAAUUGCAAAGCAGUGGAUAUAUAGACAUAGGCAUGAAUGGCCUCCGAAUAGUGUAAUUGAGAAAGUUGUUAACUAUGGUUGUCUUAUGGUGCCAACCGGACCUAAUUAUUUGAAAACCAAUAACCUUAUGUGGAGAUUAUCUUUUUCUGUGGCAGAAAAACAUCUAGUCCAUUCAUUUAAUUACACUCAACUUUUGUGUUAUGGUUUGCUUAAAUUAUCCAUAAUGUUCAUUAUCAAACGUAACAAUUAUACAAAAGAUUUAUUAUGUUCAUACUUCCUGAAGACACUGUUGUUCUGGGUAUCGGAGGAAAUUUCUAUAGAAACCUUUCGUAUUUCUAAUAUUUUUCACUGUUAUUUCCUUUGCCUUGCUAAACUUCAGUCAUGGAUCUCGAAUUGCUAUUGUCCAAACUAUUUCAUACCUGCAUAUAACAUGUUUCGAGGAAAGAUAAAUGCCAGCAAUAAUAAUCGUUUACUUGUAGAUAUUUAUUGUAUCAAAUGUAUGGGGAAUACUAUACUAAACUCAGUUCUCAAACGUCAGUGUCUUCUAUUACCGGAUUUACUCGAUGAAUCCGAGGUCAAACAAGAUUUUUUGCUUUAUAGGACUUUUGUUAUUUUGCCACCGAAAUGGAAAGAUGGCCUUCGGGGAUUGGCGUUGGUUGAAUCUUUACGUAAGGAUGAACCAUCUUCACUCAUAUUAAGUUUGUUGGAACGUUUUCAUGAUAAUAUCAAUAAACACAUAGUCCAGUUAUCACCGCUAGUUUCCACACUGAAUACGAAGACAAACUUCAGACGAUAUUCUAAACAUUUGAAUGACGCAGUCAAGACAGAGCCUGUUUCAGGUUUGCUGUUGUAUGCUUCAUUCUUCUACGUGACUGGGAAGAUCGCCACAACUUUAGAGCUCAUAGAAAAUGUACUUUUAAGAUGUACACCUGAAAAGAUUUUACUAGGCAAAUGUACCUAUACGAAAACAGAAAUAAAGAACUAUGCGCAAAAGUUUGAUUGUCAGUCUCGAAAACGUUGUGAUAGAAUUCGCCUUGGUACUAUAGAUGAUGUAUUAUAUCGACAACAUUCUUUAUUAAUACCUGCAGAACUGCAACUAGAGGUGGAAUAUGAAAGUAUGAUUAUACCUCCUGUUGUUAUGGCUCACUGUCUGAAAUAUCUAUGUUUUCAUUGUCUUAAUGAUACCAGAAGGAAAGCACAAGCUUUACGAGAUCUGUAUUUGACUGUUCGCGAGGGAUAUUUUAUUAGCAGACUGUCGAUAUCCAACUCUUUAACAGUUUUAGGUGUAUGCUAUGAAAUGAAUGACGAGAAAGACAAGGCUUUACAGAGUUAUCAUAAAGCUCUACAAUGUGGUGAUACGAUUUGCAGAUCCGCAGCCAUACGGAAAUCUAAACUACUGUAAAACUUGGGUAUAAGAACUUUUUUAUAUUAUUGCAAAGAGUUUUGCUUUCUGGUUUCAAUUAUCAGAACUAUACGCGGGGUUUCAUGUUUACAUUUUUUUCAACUGUUGUUUUGUUGGUAGAAAGUUAUGUGUUCCAGAAAUAUUAUCAUUGGAUAUUUUAAACUUUGUACCAAUAUCUGAAUACCCUGUUUAUAUAAAAUGGGAGUUAUAUGGUAUACAAUUUAUAAAGGACAUUGUAGAUAGUCAAAGUAAAUCAUUGUUAACAUUUCAACAAGUAAGACAAAAACUCAAUUUGGAAUUUUUUUUUGAAAUACUAUAGUUUAUUAUCUAACAUUCCAAAAUAUAUAAAAAAAAAUACAUCAUAGAUUAUUGUGAUUUGAACUUAGAAAAUUUUGUUCCUUUGGAUGCAUUUUCUUAAAAGAUCUUGCAAAAUAAGUAGUUGAAAUUUGCAUGCAGAGAUCUUGUAAAUAAAAUAUGCAUACUCCCAUAUGAGAAAUUUUUCAAAUGGGAGGAAGUAACAAAUUCUAAAAUCUCAGAAUGGUCUAAGUAUUUUUCUCUUUUGAAAAGAUGUUGUAGGGAUACAUAUUUAAAGAUUUUGAAUAUAAAAUAUUACAUAGAAUUAUACCUACCAAUUCAUUUUUAUAUAGAAUUAAGCAAAAGGAAACAAGUGUAUGUACCUUCUGUAAUGAAGAAGAGGAAACAAUAGAACAUCUAUUUUAUGAUUGUAAUGUUACCUAUAAUUUUUGGUUGUCAUUUUUACAGAAAAUCAAAUAAUUUGAUGAGCAAUUCAGCAUCAGUAAGAAAGAAAUUUUGUUGGGAUCUAUUACUAAGAGUUUGUUUAUUAAUUUGUUAAUUAUUAUAGCUAAAAACUACAUCUUCAGAUGUAAGUUAAGAAAUAUAGCUCCUAGUGUAAUAGGACUUAAAUCCAGAAUAAAACAAUACCAAUCUAAUGAAUUUUAUAUUGCAAACAAAAAUAAUAGAGCAGAUGCUUAUAAAAGAUUCUGGUCCCCACUACAUACAAUUUUUUCGUGAUUUAUUAUCAUUUAUACUUUAAAUUAUACCGUAGUAAACAGUUGAUAUUUGAUUUUUACUUUAUAUAGACAUGUAUGCAUACUAAUGGUAAGAUUGCAGUGACUGUGUGUUAGUAGUGAGAGAAAGUGUGAGUGUGAGUAGGUAUUUUUUUCUUCAAUAACUAUAUUCUUGUAUUAUGAAUAUGAAUUUAAAAAAAACAAAAUGGAUAGUCUUGUAUAUAAUUUUCAAUUUUUACCCCAAAACCAUAGUCAGGUGGUGAUUGUAGGGGUAUUGUAAAAUCCUGACUAUUGAAAAACAAAUUAAAGAUAAA